UUUAUUGUAAUAAAUGUUUUUGCGAGUUUUUGGUAAAUUAAGUUUGUUUUGAGAUAAUGGCUUGAUGAAAGUGAGUGCUUUAUCGUGAAAUAGAGUCUUUCAAGAUUAUCUUAUCCCUGGCAAACGAUAUAAAUAAGGCGAAUAUGAUAAUAAAAAACAGUUGCUGUAUCACUAUGAGGGCCUUAGCGUUCCUGUUACCGUUUUUGUUUUUAACAAUUCAUGCAACGCAGAGGGAACUGGAAUGGUGGGAGACUACGAUAUUCUACCAAAUCUAUCCAAGAUCAUUUAUGGAUAGUGAUGGUGAUGGAAUUGGUGACUUGAAAGGCAUAACUUCAAAAUUGGAAUACUUGAAAGAACUAGGUGUUGGUGCGACAUGGCUAUCCCCAAUGUUCCAAUCGCCGAUGUAUGAUUUUGGCUAUGAUAUUUCGGAUUUCUACGCAGUUCACGAUGAGUAUGGGACUAUGGAAGAUUUCGAAGAAAUGUUGACUAAAGCUAAAGAAUUGGAUAUAAAAAUUGUUCUCGAUUUUGUACCUAACCAUAGCAGUAAUGAGAGUGUAUGGUUUGAUGAAGCAUUGAGAGGUCAUGAGAAAUAUUUUGAUUACUUUGUAUGGGAAGAUCCAGUUGAAGAUGAAAAUGGCAUACUGCACCCACCCAACAAUUGGAACAGUGUUUUCCGCAAAAGCGCUUGGGAAUACAGAGAGGAAGUCGGUAAAUAUUACUUACAUCAAUUCGUUAUUGGACAACCUGAUCUAAACUACCGCAAUCCAGAAGUAGUUGAGGAAAUGAAAAAUGUGAUUCGGUUCUGGCUGGAUAAAGGAGUGGCUGGUUUUAGAGUAGACGCUAUUGCUCACCUUUUUGAGAUAGAUAAAGAAUUGUACAAUGGGAAAUAUCCUGAUGAACCUAUUUCUGGGCAAGCUCUUGAUGAUCCAGAAAGCUAUGAUUACCUGAAUCAUAUUUACACUAAGGACCAAGAAGAAACAUUUGAUAUGGUUUACCAAUGGAGAGAGGUAUUCGAUGAAUUUAAAGAAAAAGAUGGCCUAUCAAGGGUUAUGAUGACUGAAGCGUAUUCAUCACCUAUUGUGACUAUGAAAUAUUUCGGCAAUGAAAAUAGUGAAGGGGCUCAAAUGCCAUUUAACUUUGUUCUCAUAUCGGAUGUCAAUGGUGAUUCAACAGCUGGGGAAAUAAAGUACGCACUUGAUAAAUUUCUUGCAUUUAAACCAAUUGAUAAGUUAGCCAAUUGGGUGGCAGGCAACCACGAUAACAGUAGAGUAGCAUCGAGAUUCAGUCCGAAAUUGGUCGACGGUGUAAAUAUGAUUGUUCUACUAUUGCCUGGAAUUGCUGUUACAUAUAUGGGAGAGGAAAUUGGAAUGGUCGAUGGAUACAUAAGCUGGGAAGAUACUGUAGAUCCCAGUGGAUGUAACACAGAUGACCCGAUCAAUUACUGGAUGUCAUCGAGAGAUCCCGAACGAACACCGUUUCAGUGGAGUGGUGAAAAGAACGCUGGAUUCACAACUGGGGACAAAACCUGGCUUCCUCUUGCUGAUGGAUAUGAGACUCUUAAUGUAGCAGUUCAAAGUUCAAUAGAAAGAUCACAUUUGAAUAUCUACAAAACAUUAGCGAAGUUACGAACGGAAUCGACAUUUAGAUAUGGACGAUAUGAGUCCGUUGCAUUUAACUCAGAUGUAUUUGCUUUUAGAAGAUGGCAUGAAGGUGAAGUAUACAUUGUUGUGGUAAACUUCAGGGAACAAGCGCAUCAAAUUGAUUUAACUUAUUUUGAGAACGUUGUCGGGCAUUUAGAAGUCAUUGUUACAAGCGUGCAGUCACCGAAAAAUGUUGGGGAUAUUCUGGAGGCAAACUCCGUGAGUAUGGUGGAGAGUGAAUCGCUAGUAUUGAGACUGGUUCAGUGAAAACAAUCCAAUUUAAAAUAAAUUAUCAUAGAAAA